AUGGAUUCUCAAACCACAGAUUAUAAAGCGGAUGGAACUCAAAUUAAUGUCUUCGCUCUUAACAAAUUUAUGACAAGAACGGAACUACCAACAUGGAACAUGUGCAAAACAUUGGGGAUUUUUCUUGCUCAGGGUUUUGAUCAUGUACCUCGACUAAUUCGAACACUACUAUGUUUGCGAUAUAAUGUUGUCAAAAAGAUUGAAAAUUUUAAGAAAUUUGAAAGAAAAGGAAAACAACGUAUUAUGAAACCCACAACCAAAUAUGUUACUGGGGUUACACCAAACCGGCCUAAUUUUGUGACUUUUGCUGAAUUUUUACCUAAAGAGACAUCUAGUAAGGUGAAUAGUAAUGGACAAGGGAAUGUAACAAAAGGAAGGGGAAGAGGUCGAGGAAGAGGGAAAGGUCGUGGUUCAGAUUCUAUAUAA